AUGUUGAAAUUCCGUGAACUCGAAAAGGAAGAGCAGGCUGCUCAAAAAGAAGAUGUCUACUCGGCUAAUUACGUGCCGAAGAAGUUCUCUAAACACUCAGCUGAGUAUGGUACACCAAAGCCAGGAACUCUCACCGAGAUGAGGGCGAAGAAGGCCUCCAAACACGUUGCCAAAGAGAUGCUAUACCUCUGCGAGAUUAUUCGAGAAUACGGCUAUCGAUCAAAUGAUGGACGAAUAAGUAUCACGUUCGGAAAGCUGUUCAACGUCUAUCAGUAUAUAUCUGACAAGGUCGUCGGUAUGCUACUGCGAGCUCGAAAGCAUCAUAUGGUGGAUUUUGAGGGAGAGAUGCUGUUCCAAAGGCGGGACGACGCCGUUGUCAUUACCUUAUUGUUGUCAAAUGAAGAACUGGAACGUGGAAUAGAAGAAAGUAAAAAAUAG